AUGUUCCUGCUGCUUUUGCGCAGCCAAGCCGUGAGCACAAAGCAGCGGGUGCGAUUCCCAGCAGCUUCCAAUGGUGAUGGCCAACCCUCUGCCUCUCUGCGUAUCUUCCUCCUUUGCAUCCGGAUCCGCGCAGCCCCUGCUGCUCUCCGCAGGGAGACGUAUGCACGUGUGCCCCGCACAGAUGCUGAAAAUAGACAAAAGGGGUCAUGGGUUAAAAAGCGUGAUCAUUUAGGACAGCUUCUACUGAAAAAGGAAGUGACUGAAACUAAAAAGAUCGAGGUGACAGAAGGCUGGUCUUCCAGCUCUCUGAGGUCUGAAUUCGCAGUUGUCACUGGGACCUGUCUGCACUGGGCCUGCAAGCGGAACCAUGCGCAGGUGGUCUCCUGCCUGCUGGAUGCUGGUGCAGAUAAGCAGAUCCUCACGGCUAAAGGAGAGCUGGCUGCAGAGUUAACUUCCAAACCAGACAUCCGGAAGAUUUUGGGAGCAGAGGAAGAAACUGAAUGUCAAGGAGCGAAGGAUUUAAAUUUGCCAAUUGUUGCAAACUACUUGGCCAACCCACCAUUCCCUCACGUUUACACUGAAGAAAGCAUUCCAGACAGCUUGGCGGAAUCCCAGAAUGAAAGCGCUUCCAUCUCUUCUGCUUCCCAGUGUGAAACUAGUCCUUGCUUAUCAGCAGCUCAGGUUGAAAGCACAUGCACACCUACAUCAUGCGACAGCGCAGACGAUUUCCCCGCACUAGAGGCUGCCGAAGAGCCACCCGCGCCAGCAGCAGCCAUCGCAGCGGCACCGGACUGCGCCCUGCCUGGCGUCCCCAACGGCCCCGUGUGCCGGCCGGUGCUGCCUCGCAGCACGGGGCUCUUCUCUCCAGCACCAUCCAAACAGGCUGGACCUCUGCAAACCCACGCUUCACCCACUGGUCCCGCACCAACUUUUCAGCCUGUUUUCUUUACCGGAACUUUCCCAUAUAACAUGCAAGAACUUGUGCUUAAAGUGAGAGUGCAGAACCUCAGAGACAAUGACUUCAUUGAAAUUGAACUGGACAGACAAGAACUGACCUAUCAAGAUCUGCUCAGAGUGAGUUGCUAUGAAUUGGGCGUUAAUCCGGAACAAGUAGAGAAGAUCAGAAAAUUACCUAAUACACUGGUAAGAAAGGACAAGGAUGUUGCCAGACUUCAGGACUUCCAAGAGCUGGAGUUGGUUCUAGUGAAAAGCGACAGCUCUCCUUUCAGAAACGCCGCAUCACCUUUGACUGAGAGACCAUGCUACAACAGCAGAGCAUCAAAACUGACUUACUGA